AUGAAAUAUUUUUCGAAACUAGUUUAUUUCUUUUUAACAAUUGGCUCAAAUACUGAGAGAAGAAAAUCCAAAUUAGAUUAUGGAAAUCUCGCCAUAAUAGUAUUUUAUUUUAUUUAAUUGCUUGGAUAUCUGUAUAGUUAAUUUGAAAGCAAGACCCAAGUGUUUUAUGAAAAUGAUUAUUUGGCUCAAAUUGGUUAAUACUCAUCAAUACCCUUUAUGAUGAUUGUUAUUCAUUAUGAUCCUUUUACAACCUUAGUUUAUUACUGUAUAUUCGGAACAAUGUGUUUGAUAUAUGGAAUUGUAAUAUUUCAGGUCCUUUUCAAAGUAAUAUAAUACUUAAUAUCUAGCAUUUGCCUCCAUCUAAUAUAAUCAACAGAUUUAUCAAGUUUUACUUUUAGAACUUUUAAUGGUAUUUUUUAACACCUUUUCAUGAAGCCAUGAUUGGCGUUCUAACCUGUGGACGUCUAGCAUAUUUGGCUGAACAUGCUAAUUUAAAUCCUCACAACUGUUUUGCAGAAAUAUCUCCCCAUUUUUUAGUCAUAAGUAUUCUCGGACAGAUUCUAGUUAUCAUCUCAGGAUUCCUAUCGCUAUAUUGCUUUAGAAACUACGAAUUUAUUUAAGGGGAUCUUAUGAGAAAAUUUAGCUAUUUCAACUUUUUCACCAUUUUACUACAUAUGAUUUUGUAAAUGACUUCCUUUUGGAAAGAAAUGUAUGAUAACUACAAUGUCAUCAUACAUUUGAUUUUUAAUUUGAUAAUGAUUGUAAUAUCAUUAGAUACGUUCAUCAAUUUCCCCUUCGGUUUUUCUUACGAAACUGUUUAUUUUAGUAAGUGCUUGUUUAGUUCUUCAUUUUUUUAAAUUUUGGUUGCAAUUUGGAUUUUCUCUGAUUUAGAUGAUGGCCAUAUAUUUUUAUCCUUCUGCAUAAUUUUACCUGUAAGAAUAUAAGUUAUUUUAGUUAAUAUUUGGAAUUAAUUAGACUUUGUAUGAUAAUUAUUUUGAUAACAAAUGUUAACAAUUCGUUAAGUCUAGACUUGAGAAGAUAAGUGAGCAUCCCUUAGAAGUUAUUUGCUAAUUAUGCCAUUCUGAUAUAAAUUAGCAAGAUGAUUAUUUUAUGGUUCUGAAAUAUUUAGGAAUUCAUUGCUAAAAUUGUUUAGAUUUGAUAUGUCCUUGCAAAUAAAAAAUUAAUAAAUUUAUAUUUAAUCAAAAUUAGUUAAAUACCAAUCAAAUUUAUUUGUGGGUUCAGUAUGAAUUUUAAUAGAUGAUCAAAUCUAUUAUGUAAAAUCCAAAUUUAUUCAAAUCAUUCGAAUAAUUAACAAUUAAAUUUGUUACUUUUCUCUAGAAAUAUAGAGAAAAUUAAGUUUUAUCUUACAAAAUAAUUCAAGAUGUAGUUUACACCUUUUAGAAAAUGAAUAUUGGUAGCACACCAUAUUUUUUUUUAAAUUUGGCUAAACACAUAUAAUACUAAAAUAAAUUUGAAAUGUAAAAUAUGAAUAAAGCAGGAGCUUAAAUAUCACAAAACGAAUAUUUAACAUUAUAAGAGUUUAAUCUUUUUUAUAGAUAUGAACAAAGUUUGGUUAGAAAUUUAAAUGAAUUGCUAAUAAAACAAAAAUAGUUGUGGAUUGAGAAAUUAAGAAGCUAAAUCUAAAUGGAUAAAAUUUUGGCUUGUUCUAAGGAAAUAAUGAAAAAAACAUUAAAUGUGAAAAAAAUAAUUAAGACUUUUGAGAAUUCGAAAGACAUCCAAAAAAAUGAUUCAAUCUUAACUUUAAGAAUAAAAUUAGUCAGUAGUCUGGUUUGCAUGGAAGAUAUCAAUGUGUCAAUGAAAAUUGCGCGGCAUAUAGAAAGCUAUGAAAAGGACCUCAUUAAUUAAAAACAAUAAAAUUUCAAUUCGAUAUAAUUUAUAUAGGGAUAAGCAUUGUCAGUAAUUUCAAAUAUAUCUACUCAAACAUUGGGUUGUAUAUCUCAAUAAGUAAAUGAUUAAUUUUGCGACUUUUUUGGAUAUGAGAGCAAUUAUGGGGCAUCACUUACUAAAAUAGAGUAAUUAUUGCCAAGUCAAUUGGGCAAGAUACAUAAUGGAUUGAUUGAAUCCUAUCUAUAACAAGGCAAGUCAACCAGGUUGUAUUAAAAUUCAGAUUAGUUUAUCAUUAAUUCUGAUAACCUGAUUGAAAGAGUUAAUAUUUGUCUGAGCUCUCUCUUCCCUUAUUAAAAUGGUUAAUAUCAGUUCUUAAUAAUUGGUCAUUUAUUAAAAAUGAUGAAAUAUGAGAAAAAAGAACUAGAUUAUAACAAAAGAGGAUACAUAUUAGUCGACUCAAAUUUUCUUAUUUUUGGAUUAUCUCGAAAUGUAUAUGAAAGAAUCAACUAUCAAUAUUAUUAUAAAAAUGAAAAAGACAUAGAAUUAAUAUUGCCUGAAUAAAUAUAUGAUUAAUUCAAUAUAUAGACCCUAAUUCCUCAAUUAUCUUAGGUGUUGGAAGAGUAUUACAAAUUGUUGGCAUUAAAAAAUGAAAAGAAAAUAUUGAGAUAAGAUUAAAUUUGUCAAAGGGAAAUAGGAGUAUUUCAGGCUCCGUCUGCUGGAUGUUCACAUUUCAAGACAGGUUCAACUGUUUUGACAAAAAAGUUUACAAAUAAAAAUAUGAUGAACAUUCUAAAAAAUGUAAAUUCCAGUUUGAGUAGAUUACCUACUAUGACCCAUAAACAAUAUCCCAUAGAAUACAGUGUUAUAUAAAAGGUGUUAAAUUAUGUUGAAAAAGACACCACAUGUGAGUUCUUAUAUUUUAUUAUCGAACUUGAUUUCUUAGAAGAUCCAAAAUUGAAUACUUCUCCAAAUUAAGUAAUUGCUCGAACUCCAGCACUCUCUGAAAUAUUGAGACGGCAGCAAAUCAAUAUUGAAUAGAUUAGACAUAAUUAGAGUAAUAUCAUAUUAUCUAAUGAUGAUAAUAAUGAUUAGAUGGAGUUGGUAGCUGAGGUGACAAACACAGGAACAAGAAGAAGUUCCAAUGAAAUUACAGAUCAACUAGAAAAAAUCAUCAUCUAUAUUAAUGAUACUGAAUUGCCAAAAUCAAUCAAAGAUUUUAUUGCGUAACUAAUAAUACAGAUUCUAUUAUUUAUAGCUAUAAUAGUAAUUAUUUGUAGUCUUUUCAAGUAUAAAAGGUCUAUUCAAUCAGAUUGCAUUGAAUAAAUCACUUAUGAUUUAAACUUCUUGGAUGCAUAUAGUGAAACCAUGUCAGGGUCUCGUCAUGUCAUCUACUACAGAGAUUUCUAUCCUUUAUAGAAUGACACUCUCAUACAUUUUAAUUUAAAUGAGAUUAAUUUUAGCAGAUAUGAUAAGAUAUAUGUGGCAUGGCAACAUAUAUCUAAAGGAAAUAUCAGAUUAAAUAAUAUGUAUGAGAGUUACACCUAAAUAGCUUAAAAGAGCCAAAUUCAACUCCUGACUAUUUACUUUAUAAACUUUGAUUUAAAAUCUAAAAUUCAAUAAGAAGUCUAAGAUUACUCAACCUAUUAUCAAAUAAUGCAUUAAACUUUCUAUCUUUAAUAUCAAUCAUUUUCCUCAUCUCCCUAAACCUACUUAUCUGGUAAAAGUGACUCUUACUUAACUUAAUUGGCAAGAUCCCAAGUUUAUUACAAUUUUUUUGAUGUAAUUGAAAGUGCAAAUUAGACUCUCUAAAUCUGUGAAUCCCAGAAUCUAGAAAUUAAUAAUUAUUUUGAUAAGGUCAUACUUUAUUACUUCUUGGGAAUGUAUAGUGUCAUCCUUUUAGUAUUGACUUCCAUUAUAAUACAUUACUAUAGGGUUUUGAAUUCAAUCAAAAUUUAUAUUAAGCUGUUCAAAAUGUGUGAUAAGGAGGAUUGCUAACAUAUAAUUCAUUUAUGUGAAUCUUUAAUAAGCAUGGUCAAUUACGAUAAAAUCUUUUUGAGGCAAUAAGACUUUAAAAUACUUCUGGCGUAACCUCGCCAUACCUUAGAUAAUGUUAAAAAGUCUUAAUCUAAGACAACAUUAGUAUUGAUUAGAAAGAAGAGUAAUAAAGAAAGACUAUUAAAAACCAGCUAAAAAAAUUUCAGCUAUUAUUCUAUCAUUAUGUUUAUAUUAAUAUCAAUAGGUCUAAUCAUUUACAUAUUGUCAUUUCAUCUAUUCUACAACCAUAUUAAAGACUCGAUAGCUCCAAUAACCUAAUAAGCUAUCUUAGCAUAGGAAUUCAGACUCAAUUUUAUUGCCUCAGUAAAUCGAUUUGAUUUAUACCUUAUUAAGAUGUACUUUGAAACCUAUUCAAAACUUAAUAAAAUAGAUAGAAAUUAUGAAUACACUACUUUAAACAUUUAAACAGAUACACAAAUCUUAUAAUUAUUAAGUAUUGAAUAAGAAACUUUGAAGCAGGAUUUGAAUAGACUAAAGAGUAUCAAUUUUGUAAAUUUAAUCUUUGACAAUGAUCAAACCAAUUCUUAAUUGAAUAGUGAUCAAUAGGAUUAAAUUUUGAAAAGUGAUGUUUGCAUCUUUACUGGUUGUGAUAUGCAAACAGAACUUUUCUUCGAUAGAUUAUAUUAGACUGAUUUGAUUCCUCUGUUUUAUACAGGUGUUUUGAAUUUGCAUAACAAAAUUUUAGGUUUUAUACAGGAAGCAUUUUAGUUAAUCUAAGAGGACCUGAGCGAUUUGGAAUUAAUACAAAAUUUAGAAAAUAUUUUUGAAGACAGUGACUAUCUCAUUUAUAUGCAUUGGGGUUUAGAUGUUAUCCAAUUCUAAAUAUCCUAAUUUAGUUAAUAUUUCUUAGAUAUAUCAAAAUAAACAAUUGAUAGUCUUACUUAAAACAAUCAAUUAUUAAUAGUUUCAAUCGGAACUCUUUUACUGAUUUUAAUUUCUAUUUUUUCAACAAUGCUUGUCGACCUCUAAUAUAAAAGAUAUGUGCAAUCAAAAGCAAUUAUAAAAUGCAUUCCACUUCCAAUAAUUUUUUAGAAAAAUAUCCCGAAACAUCUGGAAAGCUUUCGAAGAAAGUAUGAACAGUGA